GGAUCUGAGAAAGAAUGGCAGCUGGGUCAUUGAGAGUGUUGCUGCUCAUUUCUCUAACAUUCCCCGAGUCUACCCGCGCUCUAUCCGAAGCAGAGAAGAAGGAUGUAGUUGAUCUACACAAUAAGUAUCGUUCUAAGGUACUUGAUGCAUCCAACAUGCUAAGAAUGAAUUGGGACAAAGAUUUGGAAGAAAUGGCUGUUAAAUAUGCACAGGAAUGUACCUGGGGACACAAUAAAAACAGAGGAAGAACUGGGGAAAAUUUAUAUCUGAUUAAUACUAGCCCACUCGAUCUGAAAGCAGCCAUAGAGAAAUGGUAUUUAGAAGUUGCAGAUUAUACAUAUGAGACUAUGGAUUGUGCUCCACAAAAGAAGUGUGGUCACUACACGCAGCUUGUCUGGGCAAAUAGUGAUAAAGUGGGCUGUGGUUGUCACUUUUGUGAUGAAGUGAAAGGCCUGGAAAUUAAUAACCUUUCUAUUCUGGUCUGCAACUAUUUACCUCCAGGUAAUGUAAUUGGACAAAAGCCAUAUAUGAAAGGAACCCCCUGCAGUCAAUGCCCAGAUGGAACCAAAUGCAUUGAUGAACUUUGUACAUCUCAGCUAAUGCCAGAGGCACAACCACAACCAAAACUGGAUGAAGAACCAAAACCAGAGCCAACCACAGAGCCAGAGACAAAACUGGAACCAAUAGAGCCAGAAACAAAACUGGAGCCAACCACAGAAGCAGAGACAAAACUGGAGCCAAUCACAGAACCUGAGACAAAACUGGACCCACACAUAGAGGUGGAGCCAAAACCAGAACCAAAAUUGAAGCCAGAGACAUCAUCAAAACCAGAGCCAAAAUUGGAUUUCAAGUUAGAAAAAUUGGACCCUCAGAUAAAGUCAAAACAGGUUAAUGAAACAGAGUACAUGCUGAACCCAAAGUCAAAAAGUGAUCAAGCAGGUACCAGUGAUGGAAAUUUAACACUCCCCUCUGGUAUUAUUCUGACAUUCAUCAUGUUAUUGGUUUUGUAUUCUGCUUCAAGUUAGAGAUAAUGAUCAUUCUCUCAAUAAGAUUCCCUUAGGCUUUCAAGAUGUAAUAUCUUCAACUUAUCAAUGUAAACACAUUGAUUGUAAAUAUACCAGUUAUAAAAACUUUCAAACCAAGUUUAAAAAAUGGAAGAAGGCUGAUUUCUGAAAUGCUUUUUCUCUAUCGGUUUUCUUGUUGGAUUGUUAAGAAUGUGCUUGAAAUUUUUGAGAUUUGCUCAUGUUACCAUUGUUGUUUAAAUAGAAAAACUGCUGACUUGUGAUAAGGACCCAAGAACAAAUGUGGCCAAAUAUGGCAUAUCUUAAAAAUGUGGCAGGGUACCACCUCCCAACAGUACUAUGAUGGGCCAAGAACCCAUGGCAUAAAUUUUGCCUUUCAGCCUUUCCACAGUUACUGCUCACCCAGGCCAAGUCCUUGCACAAUCUUACACCACUUUCAAUGCAUUGCACACACAUUUGUACAUUGCAAGGCACACAUUCAAGCCGCAACUUACAAAAGAAAGACUUACCACAUUCACACUCUCCAAGGUUUCAUUCAUGAAUGCGCUGUGCUAGCCGACACUGUGCUAUAGACAUAGCAGCUGAGGACAGUGACAUAUGAAAUUGUGGCCUGGUGUAGGUGCCCUAGCUGUAUGUGGAAAAGCUGUGCAAUUGACUGCCUAACGACCCUGUCAAAGCUGACCUUAUUCAUUGACAGGUAGAUAUGCAAAGGUCUGCAGAUAUGUUCUGUGGCCUGCUUUCAUUAUAGUUCUCAUUUCAUCUAGUACUAUUUCAGGCAUGCAAUACUGUAUUUUGAAUCACUUAACUCAUAUUAAUAGUUUAAAAUAAAUUUGCCCUACAUUUUGUUUUCAAGACAAAAAAGAACACAUUUCAACAGCCUGGAAAAAUGUCCAAUAAAAUAAUACUGAAAAGUACCAUUGAUAUCGCCACAAUAAAACAUGCAAAGUCUAUUCUUAUUCGAGUGUUCAGUUUCCCACAAAGUUUCCCUUGCAAUAAAAAGGUAGCCACACAGUCAACUUUUCAACUGAAGAGAAAGACAAGGUUAAUACCCCAGUUUGUCAAAGUAUAAAGCAUCCCGGAAUGUCAAAAGUGAAAAACAAAUCAAUUUUCCAGUGAUAGUAUUGAUCAGCCUGAUAAACACAGGCAGAAAAAAUAGAAACUUUAUCAUUGGGAAAUUGAUCACAAACAGAAUUGGUAUUGAUGUUUAUUUUUGGAACCAGUUUGCACUCGGGAAGGCAGCCUAAGAUAUUGCAAAGUUCCAGAAAAUUGUGUGUCUGAAAUCGGUUUCCUUUUACUGGAAACAAAAACAGAAUUACCUGGAAAAACUCAGCAGGUCUGGCAGCAUCGGCGGAGAAGAAAAGAGUUGACGUUUCGAGUC